AUAUACUUCCUUUAGUGAACACAGAAGUGCAGCGAUCUCCUCUGCUUAGCACAUUUCUUUCUUCUCUCCUUCUGCAGCCUCCAGUGCUGGUGAGCUUGUCUGGCUAUAGGGAGCCUGCUGGGGGAAACUUACAGCUUCAGAAGACUCCUGGAGAGCCUCUCCCUCCACGCUCUCCCUUUGAGCAGUCAGUGCCUCUCUGCUGGAGAACCUGUGCUGGGUGUGCCCCAGAGCUGGCUUUGACUGUAGCCUGUCAGGCUCUCCCUGGACCUCACAGAACAGCAUUGCCAGCCACACCGCUUCCAACAAAUCACCUCUUUUCAUGCUGUUUGGCACAGAUCGAAUCUACAGGUUAUACAAUGGUCGAUGGAGCAAUGAUCCUUUCUGUGCUAAUGAUGAUGGCUCUCCCUUCCCCGAGUAUGGAAGAUGAGAAGCCCAAGGUCAACCCGAAACUUUACAUGUGUGUGUGUGAGGGCCUCUCCUGCGGGAACGAGGACCACUGUGAAGGCCAGCAGUGUUUUUCCUCUCUGAGCAUCAAUGACGGCUUCCACGUCUACCAGAAGGGCUGCUUUCAGGUUUAUGAGCAGGGGAAGAUGACGUGUAAGACCCCGCCGUCACCUGGCCAGGCUGUGGAGUGCUGCCAAGGGGACUGGUGUAACAGGAACAUCACGGCCCAGCUGCCCACUAAAGGGAAAUCCUUCCCUGGAUCGCAGAACUUUCACCUGGAAGUUGGCCUUAUCAUCCUCUCCGUGGUGUUCGCGGUAUGCCUUUUCGCUUGCAUCCUUGGCGUUGCUCUCAGGAAGUUUAAAAGGCGCAAUCAAGAGCGCCUGAACCCCAGAGACGUGGAGUACGGUACUAUCGAAGGGCUCAUCACCACCAACGUCGGAGAUAGCACUCUAGCGGAAUUACUAGAUCACUCGUGUACAUCAGGAAGUGGCUCCGGUCUUCCUUUUCUGGUACAGAGAACUGUGGCUCGACAGAUAACCCUGUUGGAGUGUGUCGGGAAGGGCCGGUAUGGAGAAGUGUGGAGGGGCAGCUGGCAAGGCGAAAAUGUUGCUGUGAAGAUCUUCUCCUCCCGUGACGAGAAGUCGUGGUUCAGGGAGACAGAAUUGUACAACACGGUGAUGCUGAGGCAUGAGAAUAUCUUAGGUUUCAUUGCUUCAGACAUGACCUCCAGACACUCCAGUACCCAGCUGUGGCUCAUCACGCACUACCACGAAAUGGGGUCGUUGUAUGACUACCUUCAGCUCACCACUCUGGACACGGUUAGCUGCCUUCGGAUCGUGUUGUCCAUAGCCAGCGGCCUUGCACACUUGCACAUAGAGAUAUUUGGGACCCAGGGGAAGUCCGCCAUCGCCCACCGAGAUCUAAAGAGCAAAAACAUCCUCGUGAAGAAGAACGGACAGUGCUGCAUAGCAGAUUUGGGCUUGGCAGUCAUGCAUUCCCAGAGCACGAAUCAGCUUGAUGUGGGAAACAACCCCCGUGUGGGGACCAAGCGCUACAUGGCCCCUGAAGUGCUUGAUGAAACCAUCCAAGUGGAUUGCUUCGAUUCUUAUAAGAGGGUCGAUAUUUGGGCCUUUGGCCUCGUUCUGUGGGAAGUGGCCAGGAGGAUGGUGAGCAAUGGUAUAGUGGAAGAUUACAAGCCACCAUUCUAUGAUGUUGUUCCCAAUGACCCAAGUUUUGAAGAUAUGAGGAAAGUUGUCUGUGUGGAUCAACAGAGGCCAAACAUACCUAACAGAUGGUUCUCAGACCCGACAUUAACUUCUCUGGCGAAGCUGAUGAAAGAAUGCUGGUACCAGAACCCAUCCGCCAGACUCACAGCUCUACGUAUCAAAAAGACUUUGACCAAAAUUGAUAACUCCCUAGACAAAUUAAAAACUGACUGUUGACAUUGUCACCGAUAUCAAGAAGGAGAGUCAAUGCUGUCAUUGUCCAGCUGGGACCUAAUGCUGGCCUGACUGCUUGUCAGAACAGAAUCCAUCUGUCCCCCUCCACCCCCACUCCCGAAGUGGCUGCUUUGACAAAAGCAGAUGUCUCUUCCCAGCCAUGUUCCGGGGGAGACACCAAAACCACCCUAACCUCGCUCAGAAACUGUGACUCGAGCACUUGAUGAACUGUUCACACCGCAAAGACUAACGGUGGGCAGGUAUGGUUGCAAGGGGGAGGGAAGUGGAGGAGCACAGAGAGAUCCUGCAGGAGAUCUGGGCAUUAGGACAGUGGCUCUUUGCGUAUCUUCCACGGGUCUCCUAGACGCGCCCCACGGGAAACUCAAGGAGGCGGUGAAUUCGUAAUCAGCAAUAUUGGCUGCGCCUACUCUUCUCUGUUGCACUAGGAAUUCUCUGCAUUCCUUACUUGCACUGUCGCCCUUAAUCUUAAAAGACCCGACUUGCCAAAACAUUGGCUGCCUACUCCACUGGCCUGUCUCUGGACAAUAGGAAUUCAAUCUGGCGAAACAAAAAUGUAAUGUUGGACUUUGCUGCAUUUUACACACGUGCCGAUGUUUACAAUGAUGCAAACAUUAGGAAUUGUUUAGACACAACUUUGCAAAUUAUUUAUUACUGGUGCACUUAGCAGUUUUUGUUUUUUUGUUUUUUGGUUUUUUUUGUUUUGUUUUGUUUUUAUAUAUAAAACUGCCUCGUGCGUAUGUUAAAGCUUAUUUUUAUGUGGUCUUAUGAUUUUAUUACCGAAAUGUUUUUAACACCCGAUUCUGAAAUGGAUGUGUUCUUUUAUUAUCAGUUAAAUUCACAUUUUAAAUGCUUCACAUUUUUUUUUAUGUGUGUAGACUGUAACUUUCUUUUCAGUUAGUAUACAGAACGUAUUUAGCCAUUACCCAUGCAACACCACCCAAUAUAUUACUGAUUUAGACGCAAAGAUUUCAGUAGAAUUUUAGUCCCAAACGCUGUGGGGGGGAAAUGCAUCUUCUUCGGAACUAUCCAUUACGUGCAUUUAAACUCUGCCAGAAAAAAAAAUAACUAUUUUGUUUUAAUCUACUUUUUGUAUUUAGUAGUUAUUUGUAUAAAUUAAAUAAACUGUUUUCAAGUCAAA